AUGACUUCUGAAAUGGAGAUGACGCAGGAAGCAGAGAACAAGUCGUUUGCGACCCGUGUGUGGGAACUUCCAGUGGCGAUGGCCGCCGUCGAACAGCUUUCUCAAAUCUACAGUUCGGUGAAGGAACGGAAUGCAGUGACAAGGAUGGCUUGUAAUGCGGGUGAAAGUACGAUCCAAAUGGCCACAGCUGCUACAAAGCCUAUUAUCGACGCAGCAAAUAAUUGUUCGUUGUCGAAACCCAUUGUUGGAAAAGUCGAAUGUGCUGGUACGUGAAGGAAAAACGCCCGUUUUUUUUCUACUGUAAGCUUAAACUUGUCCAUCGAAUCAUUGAUCAUGUACCUUUAUAGCUUACGUAAGGGACCCUUGUUGGCUAUCCUCUUCGCGUUUCAAGUCCUUGUUAGACUCUUCUGUAGUUUGUCCUAAUUUUCGUUUUCAUUUAACUUAUUUAUGAAAAUCAGCACACUAGCGAUAAAACUCAAAAUGAAGCAUAAACUUGGUCACGUCUUGACAGCCCCAUUUCAGGUUGCUGUCCACUUAAUUAGUGAACCUUGAACUUCCUAUUAAUCCCUCUCAAUCUCAAAGACAUAAAACAAUGAAUAGGUUUUUUCAUGAAUCACUUGAAUCAGUCAGUCAUUGUGAUCAUUUUAAGGGGAUUUACCCUAUCAAAAGUAUUUAUAGCUUAGAGUGAGAACCAUUUUCAUUACAGCUGCUACCAUUGACCGUGUGGCUUCAGAGACGCUGGCUAAGGUUGAAGAGAAGUGUCCCAUUAUUACGAAGACACCCACUGAGGUAAAAGUUGUAUGUAUUUAAUACCUCCCCUGUCCAGUUAUGUCAUUAAUGAUUCUCUUCUUAUGGUAACCUCUCUGGACACCUCUCUAUUACAGAAAGUUUUCUUGGUUUUAAACUUGCCAAAUUCAAAUAAUUCCUACCUUUUCAACAUUGGACACUUCCUCCAUAAUGUGGACACUUGAGUCUGUCCCUGUCCACGCAAGGAAGUUUAGCCAUUUAUACUUGUGUUUUAGUCAAUCAGAAUACUUGAAGCAAAGUUGAUGCGUUAAAUUGUCUGAAACUGUCCAUGGCAAUCUAAUGGUAUACCAGUUCUAAUAUUAUUGGUUUUCUUCAUGCUUGGUAUUGUAUAUACAAGGAUCAAUACUUAGUUGGAAAUUUCUUAUAUUGUUAUGGAGCCAGAAGAUGUGCACUGCACCAAAAGAUCCUAAUUUGAAAUGGGUGCUCAUUUUAUUUUAUUUUUUUUGACGUGGAUGCUUGUUCUUUUGUUGGCUUUAUUAUAGCUUGCAUUAAAUUUGGGAGAAGUUUAUUCCAAAAGAGGGAAGAGACAAGGUUGAAAAUGGUGCAAAGGCCUGCAUUGGUUUCACAAAAGUACAUGUCAUUUUGGGCCAUACUUGACCUUGUGAACACUUGCUGGAUUUUUGUCUUGCCUCUUUAGAUCAAGACUGCUGUAACCGGUACUGCCUCAGAUUACUAUUCCAAACUGCAAGACAGUGCUGCUGUGAAGAUGAUGGUUGCUAGGACAGGAGAUGUGCUGUCAACCUUUGAGUUGAUUGGUGAAUUAACUCUGCCUACUGAUGGCAAAUGUGAAGAGGACAUGAAGGAGCUGGAAACAGAUGAUGCCGAUCAUGAGAAAGGACAGUUGGUGAGAGCCCGGAAUCUGCACAAAAAGUUGGCACGCAGGGGAAAGAGAAAGCUGAUGUCGUACCAGCCCAUUAAGUUCACAGUUAAGACGGUAUGCUGUAGCUCUGGAUUAGAUUUGAAACAAAUAGUAUUGAAUAACAUCCAGUCAGAACCUGUCUCGGAAAUUUCUUCCAGAUCACUAUUAAAGUGAUAUAAAGUGAGUUAAAAACAGAAAAUGGUGGCAAAAGAAGUUACUACUAGUGAGUUUCAUCUAAAAUUCAAUGAAAAAAGGUUGACCCAAAUUUUAAAAUAUCGUAUUUUUUAACAUAGCUGUCUAUGACCAAAUGUACUAUUUAUGAGAAGUUCCUCAUACCAGAACAACCAUUUCAAGUAUAUUUGGUGAUUUCUUUUCACUUAAAUAUUAUUGUAGUAAGGUAGAUAAAACUUUUCAUCACAGUGCCUUCAUCAUAUUUACAAUUAGUCACUAUCUACUUUUUCACAGUAAAGUUGAAACUGUUUCUCUUUUCUUGUAGAUGAGCAACUUGCAGGAUAAGGUAACAGACUUGGUCGGCAAGUCAUCAGGAGCAGGGAAAAAAGUCUACAAUGCAACCAUGUACAUCCCUAGCAUGGCACUUGAGCUAUCUGGAAAUGUCGUUGUUUCGGCCAAAGAUUUUGUUUUCGCACUUCACAAGGUACUUUAAUUUUGGACUGGCGGCAUGAUUAAUAUUAGUACAGUGAUAAUAUAUUUGCAGGACCAGCAUAACACUAAAAAUGUUCUUAAGGUGCAGUCAUGUAAUUCAAAGUUUUUAUUUUUAUCUUUUCAAAAUGCAUGAUUCUACCUCCCAGUGUGAUGUUUUCUUUCAUCAUUGGUUUUAUUUUAAAUGAAAGACUUGUGUUCGCGGCGCGCAAUGCAUCAAGGUUGGGAAUGUGCCUUUAAGGAAAUAGUCAGGAAAGAUGAAUCUGUUUGAUACCCUGUACUUCAGCAAGCUCUUCCCACUGCUUCUAUAGGAAACCUAUAGGGACAGCAAAUUAGAAUUUGAAUUUUGAUAUUAUGGUUUAAGGGUUAAUGAAAGUAAAUAUUGGUUUGAUCUUAGGCUCAUCCCAUCAAGGACAUGCCUGCUACAAUUGCCAACUGUGUGAUGAAAGCUGUUCAACCACUCUCUGAUGCAAAAGACAAACUUGUCGGCCAUGUGUUUGUCCCACCCCAAGUAAUGACCGAAUACCUCCUUUCAUCUCGCCCCAUUCAGUGGAUAAUUCCUCACAUUGUCGCCGUUGAAGACAUUAACAAAAUGGAUAUCACCAUGGAAGAAAUCGAAGACACGACAGAGUCAGAGGGAAACGAGAAUGGAAAAGACUCGUAAAUUCUUACUUAAAGUUCACUUCUUAUUAACUUAAAAUAUUGAGAGUUCCAACACACCACACAUUUACAUGUAUUUGUCUAUUCCAAAAAAAUUAAAAUGACGAAAUCAGUAAUAACAUUACUUUGAAUUAUUACUUAAUAAGUUUAUUUUUGGCCAGGUAGAUGUUUAUAGUUUAAGAUAGUUUCAACUAAAACUGCUUUUAACUUUAAUAUUGCUUUUGUAAGUAGUUGUUGUCGAUGCAUUCAAUAACUUGUUUUAUUAUAUAGACGCGAGUGUGUUACUGGAAAAUAUACCACUUGUAAAAUUCAUAAAAACGACAUCCGGGAACCCGAGUGGUUUAUUUUUCAUAAUCUCACACGUGAGUUUAUCGAUGACGUAAUUUCGGUAAUUUCCCUCUAUUAUUUUAUCAGUCUUUUUGUCUAUAUAAUAAAAAGAACAUUACACGGUGGCUUGAAGAUAUGAAUUUUAUUUUCUAGUGGCAAAAUCAAUAUUUUACUCGCUGCGCUCAUUCGUAAAAUAUUGUUUUGCCACUCGAAAAUAAAAUUCACAUCUUCGCACCACCGUGUAACAUCCUCUAUGUAAUUGCUGUUGGAAACAUUUUAUCAAUUUUUUGUUGAUUGAAAAAGUAAGCAAAUCCAAGAACUUGCAAAAUGUAUUUUAUUGACAUUUCUUGAAACAGUUCUCGACAAUAAAUGUCAUUAAAAUCAAUUUCUACCUUACGAUUUUCUUUUGUUUAAUUUGAACAGGUAGUUAAAAAAAGAAUGUUAACCUUUAUUGUUUUAAUCAAAGUUUUCAAACUGGCAUGUUACAGUAAAUAAAGUUAUUGUUUCAACUAAUUUAUAGAAACACAUUAAAAUCAAGAUGAUGACAACCUUAAAAAUAAAGGGUUUCGUUCAUUGUGUCUCACGAUUGUCACUAAGAUAUUGAUCAUGACGAUUUGACCUUGAGACACAUUAUCCACGAUGAACAAUAUCUUUCAUGACAUUAACCUUAACAACAGUGUUGGAGAGAGAUUAUGUUAAAGCUUGAGUUAUACGAGUUGUAAGAGGGGGUAUUGCGUAGUGAACAUAUUGAAAACAGAGUUAUUGUCCCACCCCAGUGACAUGUUGAUAAACACAUAAUAAAAAUAUAAUUCACCAUCUUUCUUUGUUUC